AUGAAUGGCCGACGCGCCGGAGAGAGCCCAGACAACGCCAUAGAUGUGGACGAAAAUGACCUAGUGUUAGAGGUUGACCGCGAGGUUGUUGAAAUUGGGCGGCGGGUCAGGAACUACCAGCCUCAGAAGAAUCGGUCCUUGGGUUCACAGGCAAGCGAUGGCGUCGACGAGGAGAAGUAUGAGAACCUUGCGAGCGAGGCCCUGGCAGGCCUGAUCGACUUAACCAUCGAUGACGAGCCCAUUGUCGUUCGUCGGUCUCGAAAGCGCCGUCCCAGACCACAACGCGAGAUACCUCAGCGCGAGCACGAGAGAUUCCAGUACAAGAAGCUCAUGAUCAAAGUCAAUACGCUCUAUGAGCUUGAUCCAGAACAGACACCCCCAACAGCCGUCGGAGUUCACUUCAUCAAAGUCAACACCAUUCUCGAGAACUUGGAGUCGGGCGAAAUCAAGAUUUGCGGGAUGCCUUUUUGCCGGUCUCGAACACUCACGGCUAAGCUCCCUCGAAAACUCAACGAGAUCUUCUGUCUACUGGAAAUUGAUGCAGACGAUGACAGGCCAGCGGAAAUUCAGUCGAGAAUCGAGGUUUCAGCCGCAGCACUUAUCCGCCCUCGAGCGCUACAUCUUACCAACGCCCCUUACCCUGAGCACCGGUAUAUGGCGCGCGCGUACUGCAACUAUGAGGUUGUUGAAAAGGAAGGACCCCUUGUGUGCCGCUGGAACUACUUCAUUCACUAUCGAGACUGGAAGAUGAAAGUCAAAGGGAAAGCCUAUCACUGGACGUUGGAGCGCGUUCGCGCGAGUGAGGUCAAAAGGGAGGACCACAAGGUCGAAGAGGAUAAGUUGAGACAAGACUGGAGGGGGCUUACCGUCCAGGGGGGAUCGCACCUUCCAGAGACAAGUGACGGCAAGCAACGCUACACAGUCUUCGACUCAUUCUGCGGCGCAGGUGGCUUCUCUCGUGGAGCCGAGAGAGCUGGAUUACACGUUCAGUUCGCAGUCGACCACUGGGAAAAGGCUUGCGACAGCUACAGACUCAACUUCCCAGAAACCAAACUGUACCAGACAUCCGUCGACGAGUUCAUACUGAGUCACACGGACAUACCCAUGAGGGCCGACAUUCUUCAUCUAUCACCACCCUGCCAGACAUGGUCGCCGGCACACACUAUCCCGGGAGUGAACGACGAGGCUAACAUUGCAGCUUUGUUUGCUUGCAGAAGCCUAGUGGAGAGACUGCGGCCUCGGAUCUUCACAUUAGAACAAACGUUCGGUAUCCUGCAGGGCUGUCACGAUCCUUUCUUCUGCUCACUAGUCGGCGGCUUUACCGACUUUGGAUACUCGGUGACCUGGAAGAUCGUGCACUUACAGACCUGGGGCCUACCUCAAACCAGAAAGAGACUAAUAAUGAUUGGCUCUUGCCCAGGAGAAAAGCUGCCCCCGUUCCCGACAGCAACGCAUUCCGAGACAGGAUUUGGCGGCCUAUCGAAAUACGUCACAAUCAGGCAGGCCCUUCGCAAGAUCACCGACGAUUCGACGUUUCAUAACCCAGACGAAGAAAUCACUGACAGCCCGCCUCCUUCCGGAUCAGUGGUCAGUGACCCUGAUCAAAUCUUGAAAAGAUGCGUCACCUGUUCCGGCGGUCAGAACCGGCACUACAGCAACACCCGAGCGUACACCGUCAGAGAGUUCGCCAGUCUUCAGGGUUUCCCGGUUUGGCAUAAGUUUUCGCCUGCUUCUAAAGCUGUACUCAAGAAGCAGAUUGGAAACGCAUUCCCAGCGUGUGUCGUCAAACUCCUCUGCGAGCACUUGAAAAACUGGCUGCUAGAAGUCGACGGUCUUGCGGCCUCACGACCUGGCAGAGCUAGUGUAGGAGGGAGGGAGUUGAUCUUUGUGUCGGAGGGACCUCGCCAACCGUCACCGCUGGAACUCGUUCAACCCCUCCUUCUACCAAUGGGCGUUGACGUUGGCGGUGGUUCUCUCGAUCAGGCAAUCAUGCUUAACGAAGAUGAACAGUGUGAGAUCAAGUUCGACAUUGACUCCGACAUCGAAAUGGAAGAUGUGCCUGUGCCCGACGUCCCCGACUCGCCUCGCUCGGCUACGCUAUCUCUUCCGGGUACGCCUGAGCCUCCCCAGGCCGGUUGCGUAAGAGAUUUACCGAUUUUCAUCGACUGA